AUGAAUGAUUCAGUGUUGGUGGCUCCAUCGCUAUCCACUGCACAAACAGAAGAUACCUUUGAAUUCCAAAGUUAUGGUGAAACUGAACAUUCUAGAUCAUACCUUGGGUCAGAUGUGACUAAGGAUAAUCUUGUUGAGCUAGUCAGUGCAUAUUAUAGUGUUCCCGAGUUGAUCCAGUACUUCGAGGAGCAUCCGCAGUAUAAGAAGAUCACAUUGCAAUUCCCAGAUGAGCUAGUAUUGGAUUCAUCGAUAGUGGUUCAACUGAUGCAACAAGAGCUUGUAAAAGCUGAGGAUGAGACUUCACAGUCCUUUAACACUAUAGAUACUGACGAAGUGUUACAUAAUGAAAAAAGCUGUGGUAACUGUAGCGGAUGCGACUGUUCUUCCAAGAUUGAUAAAACAGAAACUAAAAGAAAAGUAUGGAUUCUCGCUGACACAUCAUAUAGUUCAUGCUGUGUUGAUGAGGUAGCCAGUGAACAUGUAAAGGGAGAUAUAGUGGUUCAUUUUGGAGACGCCUGUAUGAACGCAGUGCAGAAGCUCCCUGUUGUUUAUUCAUUAGGAAGGCCCGUCUUAGAUUUGGAUUUGGUUGUAUCACAAUUCAAGUUGAAAUACGCAGCUAAAGACCAAAAAAUCUGUUUAAUGGCCGAUGCUCCACACUCGAUGCAUAUGAAAUCUAUCUACGAUAUACUACACGACAAGGAAGGGUACAAGAACGUUGUUUACUCUGAUAUCAACCAGGAUAUGUUGCAAUCGGACACGCAUAUCGUGGGGUAUAACAACGCGGUUGAACACGAUGAACGACUACGGAAAUGUGUCACAUGCGGUAACAGAAACAUAUAUGCGGAAGUAGAUGUCUCUGAACUUAACGAAUACGACUUGUUUCAUGUAACGAUACCGAAGGACCCUCAUCUAUUAUAUCUCACCACGAAGUUCCAAUCGGUAACGUUAUAUGAUCCAUCCAGCGGCAUGUUAAACGAGGGACCAUUCCCAUCGAUGAUGAAGCGUUAUAAGUUCAUGCAUAUGGCAAGGACCGCUGGGACCAUUGGAAUCCUUGUGAACACUUUAUCGUUAAGAAACACAAAGGAAACGAUGAACAAAUUGACAAAACUAUUGAAGGAAAACGGUAAGAAGCAUUAUUUAUUCGUUGUUGGUAAACCCAACGUCGCAAAGUUAGCAAACUUUGAGCCCAUUGACAUUUGGUGUAUCCUUGGCUGUGGUCAAGGAGGUAUCGUUCUAGACCAGUAUAACGAGUUCUACAAGCCGAUCAUUACACCAUAUGAGCUUCUCAUGGCAUUGAGUGACGAAGUCACAUGGACUGGGCAAUGGAUCACGGACUUUAAAUCCAUUAUCAACCAGAUAGAAAACGAGGUUAAUGACAGCGAUGACAUGGAACAAGAUAUACUGUCCUCAGGUACGGAAUGUAGAAGCGAUGAAGAUGAAGCACCGGAAUUUAAUGCAGUCACAGGAAAAUACGUUUCUACCUCAAGACCAUUACGUCAAAUAGCAAGACUUGAAAUUGAAACUCCAGUAGAAGAAGUACGAGCCUCUGAUUCCACAGAACUGGUGAAACAGUUCUCGCAGACAGUCGCUAUCAGGAACACCGUCUCUACAUCGGCAGCAUUCUUGCAAACCCGACAUUGGACAGGUCUAGGAAGUGACUACAAAGAUGACGAAGACGGAGAAGAAGACGGUGCUACUGUGGAAGAGGGUACUGCGGGUGUAGCUAGGAGCUACCAGUUCGAUGAACUGAACAAGAAGACAUAA